AUGUCGCUCUUCGGUUCCUCAAGUGAGAAAAGUGCCGCUGCCCCUGCGCAGGCGCCCGCUGAAAACGCCCAGGCCGAGAAGCCCAAGCCCUGCUGCGUCUGCAAACCCGAGAAGAGCGCUCGAGACGACUGCAUGCUCUUCUCCAAGUCCGAUAACCCCGAACAGGAGUGCAAGUCCACUAUCGAGCAGUAUAAGACUUGCAUGGCUGGAUUCGGCUUCAAGGUCUAG